AUGAAACAUCCACAUGUUCGAUGCGUUCGCACCAUGAUAUUAACAGUACUUCGUUCUCAUGAUACUAUCACUCGAUUAGUAAUGCCCUGCGUGAGGUAUGCUAACACUAGCAGAGAAUCUCAAGCAGAUCUUUCGAUUAAUGCACCAUACCCCAGCUUGAUAAACUGGUUUGUCAUUUACCGCCGGUUGAAGGUCAAACGCGAUGAACCUACCGCAGACCAAACUGUCAUACCAUCAUUCAACAUUGGUGAAGACAUUAUCCCUGACAUUGGCCCCGAUUUGACUAACCAAAAAGCACUUGUAUUAAGCGUUAUUAUGGCUAGCCGUACACACCUUUGA